AUGUCGGAGAAGAAGCGCGCCCCCGGCCCGCGCAAGGACGAGGUGGUGACACGCGAGUACACCGUCAACCUCCACAAGCGCCUCCAUGGAUGGUAUACUCCCUCCUCACCCGCCCCCUCCAUUCCCGAGCUCCGCGCUCCCGGUAGAUCCGCUAGUCAGAUUCCGCCUCCGGGCUUCACGGGGUGUCGCCAUGGCGCUUACGGGUGUUAUUAA